GUUGUUGGACAGACUUCUCCCCCGACUUGGUCGCGGUGGGUGCGCGGUCCACGCGAGCAUAUAAAAAGCUGCGACUAGGAGCCGCGGCACUUCAGUCUUUUCCAAAAUAUCACAAGGAUGGCUCUAGAACGUCAAGUGCGCGCUAAGAUCGCGGCGAAGCGCAACCCCGAGCAGGAGAAGGAGGCGCAGGAAUGGAUCGAGUCGAUCCUUGGUAAGAAAUUCCCUCCCGGCGAGACCUUCGAAGAUGUGCUUAAGGACGGCCAGGUCCUGUGCCACCUCAUGAACAAGAUCUUGCCCGGGUCGGUGCCGAAAAUCAACUCCAGCGGCGGACAGUUCAAGAUGAUGGAGAAUAUCAACUUGUUCCAAAAAGCCCUCAAGGACUACGGGGUGGACGACGUUGAUGUUUUCCAGACGGUCGACUUGUGGGAGAAGAAAGACAUCGCGCAAGUAGUGACGACGCUGUUCGCCCUCGGCAGAACGACCUACAAGCAUCCCGAAUGGAAAGGACCCUACCUGGGACCUAAGCCGUCGGAGGAGUGCAAACGUGAAUUCACUGAGGAACAAUUGCGCGCUGGCGAGUCGGUGAUCGGUUUGCAGGCGGGUUCUAACAAGGGUGCGACCCAGGCCGGUCAAAGUCUUGGCGCGACUCGUAAAAUCCUGCUUGGAAAGUAAAUCAAAGUUCAGUGUAACGGCAGACUCUCUCUCUCUCCCUCUCCCCCCCUCUCUCUCUCUCUCUCUUCUCUUCCUCUCCCUCUUUCCCCACUCGCUCGCUCUCUCCACCUUCCCACUCCUUAGAGCUAAAGUCGCGUACUUUUUUAUGUACACAAACGCAUAUGUAUACUUUACUUUUUGUAAUUAAACGAUAAAUAGUUGGUCACUUAUUGAUCCACCCCGUCGCAUUCGACAUCUCGACGGAUAUCUACCGUAAUGAUAAAUUACUGUCCCUUUGUAAAAAUCGCCUAAGAUACAUCUGUCGCUAGUUCAACGUACCCGGCGACAUUGGUCGUCGCUGAUUGAGCGAUAAAUUAAUUUUUGUAAUUGAGCGUUAUCGUUAUUUGUUUCACCUAUCUUCGCACAAUCACGCCAAGCUGUUGCAGCGGUAGAUACGUGCUUCGAAAAAUAAACUGUUGCUCGGAGAAUUUUCAAUAAAGUUCUAUCCAUCCGAAA